AGCUGAUAAUGUGGGUGCUGAGAACUGAACCUAAGUCCUGUAAGCAUGAAAACUUCCACGUCUGUGGAUCCUGGGGAGGACUAAUGACAGCAAUACCUGGCACAUAAUCCUUGGAAGGCACAAGCCUCCUUUAAUUUUAAUUUAAGGUGUCUGGAUCAGGCAUUCCCCAACCAGCCUGGGAAGCAGGGGCAGCCAUGGCACUGCUGACUGGAGAUGGCCUGUGGUCUGUGGUCCUGUUCACGGCCAUCUUCCUGCUCCUGGUGGACCUGAUGCACCGACGCAAGUUCUGGACUUCCCGCUACCCUCCAGGUCCUGUGCCCCUACCUGGGCUGGGCAACCUUCUGCAGGUGGACUUCGAGAACAUGCCCUACAGUGUGUACAAGCUUCGACAGCGCUAUGGUGACGUGUUCAGCCUGCAGAUGGCCUGGAAGCCCGUGGUUGUGAUCAAUGGACUGAAGGCGGUGCGGGAAGUGCUGGUGACCUGUGGAGAGGACACUGCUGACCGCCCUCCAAUGCCUGUCUAUGGUGUCAUGGGCUAUGGGCCCAAAGCAAAAGGUGUGGCCUUAGCACCUUAUGGACCUGAAUGGCGAGAACAGCGGCGAUUCUCUGUGUCCACCAUGCGAGACUUCGGCCUGGGCAAGAAAUCCCUGGAGCAGUGGGUGACAGAGGAGGCUGGACACCUCUGUGAUGCCUUCACCAAGGAGGCUGGCCAAGCAUUUAAUCCCAGCACCCUCCUGAACAAAGGUGCAUGCAAUGUGAUUUCAUCCCUCAUUUAUUCCCAUCGCUUCGAGUAUGAAGACCCUUUCUUCAAUGGGCUGAUCAAAACAUUACAGGAAAGUUUUGGAGAGGACACUAGCUUCAUUGCUGAGCUGGUGAACACAUUUCCGGUGCUUCUGCGCAUCCCAGGGCUCACUGGUAAAGCCUUCCCCAAAAUGAAGGCAUUGACGAACUCACUGGAUAAAUUGUUGACGGAGCACAAGGGAACCUGGGAUCCUGCCCAGCCACCCCGAGACCUGACAGAUGCCUUCCUGGCUGAGAUGGAGAAGGCCAAGGGGAAUCCUGAGAGCAGCUUCAACAAUGGGAACCUGCAUGCAGUAGUAUCUGACCUGUUCACUGCAGGGAUAGUGACCACCUCAACCACACUGUCCUGGGCCCUGCUGCUCAUGAUCCUACACCCGGAUGUGCAGAGCCGCGUCCAACAGGAGAUUGAUGAAGUCAUAGGGCAGGUGCGGCGUCCAGAGAUGGCAGACCAGGCCCGCAUGCCCUACACCAAUGCUGUCAUUCAUGAGGUGCAGCGAUUUGGUGACCUUGUCCCAGUGAAUAUACCACACAUGACAUCCCGUGACAUUGAAGUACAGGGCUUCGUCAUCCCCAAGGGGACGACCCUCAUCACCAACCUGUCCUCAGUGCUGAAGGAUGAGACUGUCUGGGAGAAGCCCCUCCAAUUCCAUCCUGAGCACUUCCUGGAUGCCCAGGGCCGCUUUGUAAAGCAUGAGGCCUUCAUGCCAUUCUCAGCAGGCCGCCGAGCUUGCCUUGGGGAGCCCCUGGCCCGCAUGGAGCUCUUCCUCUUCUUCACCUGCCUCCUGCAGCGCUUUAGCUUCUCAGUGCCCAGUGGACAGCCCCGACCCAGCGACCAUGGCAUCUUCGCAUUGCCAGUUUUCCCCGCCCCCUACGAGCUCUGUGCAGUUGUGCGCUAG